GAUCGCCGGCGAGGGACGGGGGUGGACCGGGGCGAGUGCGGGGAAGCGGGAGCCCCGGGGCCGGUGGGCUGUAUGCAAUGCAGAUCUUAGGACUGCCGGCUGCGGUCCACGAAAGCCUAUGCCACAAUAAAUUUGGUUACAACACUAUACUGUCCCGUGUCUUCUCGGAAAUAAGACUCAUUGGUUCCAGUGGGACUUGCUUCCAAGGUAUGCGAAAAAUCCAUUACUUGUUCGACAAUGGGAAGGAGAUGGCGGAGGAAUAUGACCUGAAGACAAACCAGCUGCUUUUGAGGAAGUGGAGAGAGAAGAAUGCCUUGGGUGCUUGUGGCGCAUGGCAGGUUGAGGUGGGAGAGCCAAACUUGCUCGCACCAGGACCUCUGGAUCGUGAGCUCAUUAAGGAGAGCAGUACUAAUCCUAUCUUUAUGCGCAAAGACACUAAGAACAGCUUCCAGUGGCGGAUCCGGAACUUGCCCUAUCCUAAAGAUGUCUAUCGUGUUUCUGUGGAGAAGGAUCAGCGCUGCUGUGUGGUCCGUACAACAAAUAAGAAAUAUUACAAGAAAUUCUCCGUUCCUGACUUAGACAGAUUCCAACUGCCCUUGGAUAGUACUGCUCUGAGCUUUACUCAUGCCAACAACACAUUAAUAAUCACGUACCUGAAGCCAGCAGAGAUCCUGGCUGCAGAGGAGGAGCUGCAAAAGGAGCUAAAGAAGAUCAAGGCAGCUAAUAAUGGAGAUGGGGAAUGCAAGACACAGUAGCCAGCAGUUGCAGAAUGUCAUUGUGUAUAUUUUACUACUUUAAUUUAAUAAAUAAAGGAGAUGAUUGGAGACAAACGUUUUGGGGAAGGACUUAAAUUACCUGAGUUUGUAGAUCCUGGAAGAGCUUUCUUGCUAGAGUUUUAGAGCUCCCCAUCAGCAUUCUGGUGUGCAGCACAGGUGAGAAGCACCAGUCUCCUUGGAGUUGAUGUCUUUGUAUGUGUGCUAAUUACAAUUCUCGGGGAGCCAAAGCUCCCAUAUUGGCUCGAAUAUAAGCCACACCUUUAAAAUUGGAGGGGGGAAAGAAAAGAAGAUCCAAAUAUAAGCUGCUCCCUUCCUCGCUGCUCCUGGCUCCUGGCUCCCUUCCUCCGCUGCUCCUGGGGGGGGGGAGCCAUGCUGCAUUGCCGGUGGCCUUUUCCCUUCCUCUCUCUCUCCCUUCCCAGCCUUGGGGGACUACACUACAUGCAGGGCGGGUGCCGCUUUGCCGCACUCCUGGCUGCAUACCUUUUCACAGUCAGAAUUUGGGGGGAAAGUGAGGCUUAUAUUCAGGCCAAUAUGGUAUAUGCAUCCUCUACAGCUGCCCGCAGUUGCCCCUCAAACUGAACACCCAACCUGUUUCAAACAAAGCAUAAAGGAUUUUUUCCCACUGCCUUUGCCCUAAAAUGUGUAUAUUCUGAGCUCUCAUUACUUUGACCUCUCUCAGUAUAUCAUUUAUGCCAGUUUCUACCACUAUUGAAGGUAUCGAUUUCAUUUUAAUAAAAGCAAAUGUUCAAAUUUC